CUCUGGCUGCAAAACGCUUGCCAUCCUGCAGAAAACCAAGACAUUCCGUGGCACGCGUGGACUCUGCGCCCAGCAGCGGCGGUGGGCGCAGCCGAGGGGACUCUGGUCUUGCAGCAGACGUGGGUUCUCACCGGGGUGUGAGGCAAUAAGGAGACCUUGGCCCGGGGCUGAUCAAGACCCCAUACACACACCCGGGAAUCCUACCGCGGGGAGAAGAGGUUCCGCCUCACGCUCCGCCGCAGGGGGGCGCCCCUGGCUGGCAGCUGCUUGGCUAGUGGUCCCCGCCACAGGGCGCGUCGCCUUCAAGAAGAUGUCGCUGUCCGGCGGGGAGAGCCCUGCUUGGCCAGCGACUCGCCUGUCCUGGUUGCUAUGCUGCAGCGCCCUGUUGUCCCCGGCCGCCGGCUACGUGAUUGUGAGCUCCGUGUCCUGGGCUGUCACCAACGAGGUAGACGAGGAGCUGGACAGCGCGUCCACCGAGGAGGCGCUGCCCGCGCUGCUGGAGGACUCGAGCAGCAUCUGGCAGCAGAGCUUCCCGGCCUCGGCGCACAAGGAGGACACGCACCUGCGGCCUCGGGGCUCCGCCCGCGCCAGGCCCGCACCGGCCGCGCGUGGCAUGUUCUCCUACCGGCGGGAGAGCGGCUCAUCCGAGGCAUCCCCCGGCCCCAGGGUGCAUGCCGGCACCGCCCGCUCCCUAGCCCACGCUAGCUCCUGGGGCUGUCUGGCCACGGUGUCCACCCACGAAAAGAUCCAAGGACUUCCCUUUGGGAGCUGCCUGGCCAUCAGCGAUGGCCCCGUCCACAACAGCACAGGGGUCCCUUUCUUCUACAUGACAGCCAAGGACCCUGCUGUGUCCGACCUGGUGAAGAACCCUGUAGCCUCCCUGAUGCUGCCUGAGUCUGAAGGAGAGUUUUGCAGAAAAAACAUCGUCGACCCAGAAGAUCCCCGGUGUGCCCGGUUAACGCUCACUGGCCGGAUGGUCACGGUGCCACCGGGGGAGGUGGAGUUCGCCAAGCAAGCCAUGUUCUCAAGGCAUCCAGGAAUGAGGAAGUGGCCUCGCCAGUAUGAAUGGUUCUUCAUGAAGAUGUGGGUAGAACACAUCUGGCUUCAGAAAUGGUAUGGAGGCAUAUCUGACAUCCCAAAGGAGGAAUACUUCAAAGCAGCCCCAAGAAAGGCCUGAUAGUAACACACAAGUCCCGGGGCUUGCUUUAAGAUGAAGACCUUCGAAGGGCAGAAGCCAGACAGUCUCUGACUGCCAUCUCUUUGUUUGAAGAGUACCCAGCUGCCCUGUCAUCCUACAGCAGAAUGAGAAAGGAUGAACAGGGAGCCCUGGGCUAGCGUUGAGAUCCAUCGGAGUGGUCCUUUGCUGAUCCAUCAUCCACAUAGAAACGUUUCUGUUCACUCUGUACUCAAUCCAGAAGCUCCCAUUUGGAAAUCGUGGUUGUCAAAAAUGGAAGUGGUAGUUGCUAUUCUGUUCUUUAAAAAAAUGAUGCCUGUAUAUAGCAUGUCAUUGCCUUGUAUCGUGAGAACAUUGUGUUGCUUACCACGCAAAAGCCGUGCCUUGGAUGGCAGUCCAUUGCUUAACAAGAGCUGAGCAUGCAUCACGCUGUGGCUGUGGGUUCAGGGUAAGGUGGAAGGCUUUCGGUCGGAAGGUUAUUCACUAUGUCACUAAAUUGCUGAUGUAUUUUCUAGAACCUACGGGUCACUUGGGGAGCCUUUCCCCCCACUGUAGUAUAGCAAGCAGACUAAGCACAUGCAGUUUUGUGCUUGGCCUGUUCUGUGUGAGCAGACUACAGCAGAAUAUUAACAGGAAUGAGGUAGCUUUGUCAUUGAGCUUCCCAGAUCUCCCGCUGUUAAUAUUUCCUGUAGGAAGUGCCCCUCUACCACUCAUGAAGUGUGGUGCUCAUGAAGUAAGAGCACCUCUAUCUGUGCGAUGUAGCAAAGACAGAGGCAAGAGUGCAAAGGAGAAAGGGAAAGCAGUGGGCAAGAGAAAGAGCCUGAGAGUCUGCUCACUGCCUAGCCUCAGGCCAGACCCUCAACAGAAUCACCUCACUUAAGCCCUACCUAGUAAGGUGUCUCAUUCAUACCCAGAGACUAGGCUUAGAGAAAGCCAGCCAGCAUCCUAAGCUCAGGCUCCUGCGUUCACUGUACACAAUGGGUGUGUGUUUUCCACAGAGGGUCAUCAAGCAAGGGUUGUGAUUUUAAAGGACAAUGACAAACUGCCCUGCUGGGAGUGCUGGGUGCAGAGGUAGGGAGCACGCUUUCAACUUUUUCAACAAAUCAUUUACAAGAGUUCCUGGCAUUCAGAAGAUACAAAAUUGAAACUGUAUACAUACCUGAGGCCUGACUGGACCAGAACUCACACCACCAAGGCCAAGUUUUCUAUCUUUCCAUGAUGGCUAGAAAUUCUCUGUGAUUGAUCAGGUAUGUUGUAUAACAUAACACAUCACUAACGUAGAAAAUAUAUACAUUCUUAAAAUAAUUUUAACAAAGCAAGAUGCAAGCUGACUUGUUAAAACAUAUUUAAGGGGUUGGGGAUUUAGCUCAGUGGUAGAGCACUUGCCUAGGAAGCGCAAGGCCCUGGGUUUGGUCCCCAGCUCCGAAAAAAAAGAACAACAACAAAAAAACAUAUUUAAGUACUUAUUACUAGAAACCUAGUAGGGCUGGACAGUCCUUUUUUAUUUGACAUAAGCCAGUUCACAAGAGUUCCCAACAAUCAUUAUUUCUAGUACAAAAUCAUAGGAUGGCUUUGUUAGAGGUAUUUCCUAUUGCUAGAGUUUAAAAUUAUUGCUACUCCCAAUUUAGAAGAAGGUUGGAGGACUGGCAGAACAAACUGCAGGUUAUAGGUGUUCCAUAGGUCAACCUCCGACAUCAAUCCUUGAAGCACCACUGCCUCUCAUGGCUUCUUCAACAUGGCUUCUCAGUCCACCUCACUGAUACCUUUUGCUCUGUUAGCUUGCUGUGAGUUAGCUCCUUAAGAGUUACUGAUGCUUCCAAGGCUUUGAAGAGCAGGUUGCAAUCACAAACCGCAAAGAGUGUUAUCAGACAUUUAUCAGAGUUACAAGAAAUGAAAUCUGAACUGUCUGGACAGCAACAACAGUGUUGAAAGUUAAUGGGCUUGAAUCAGAUGCUCCGUCUUCAGGAAAAUUUGUUUCAGCAAAUCUCCAGGAAUUUACAAUGAAUUAAAAUGUGUGGUUUUAGACAUAAAAUUAGAAGAUUUAGACAUAGCAAUAAGGCAAGAAAAAGAAAUUAAAAGUGUACAGAUUGGAAAGAAAGGAAUAAAAGUCUCCUUAUUUACAAUGACAUGAUUAACUACAUAGAAAAUUGCACAUAAUUUACAUUUUUAAAGCCAGCAGAAGCUGGAGAGACAGUUCAGCUGUUAACAGCUCUGGUUGUUCUUCCAAAUGAUCCAGGUUCAAUUCCCAGCACCCACAUGGCAACUCACAACUGUAUGUAACUCUAGUUCCGGGGGAUCUGGAGCCUUCACACAGACACCCAUGCAGACAAAACACUAAUACACAUAAAAUUAAUAAGUAAAUAAUAUUUUUAAAAGGAGAGACCCUCACACACACACACACACACACACACACACACACACACACACACACACACUAAAGUCAGGAACAGCCUUUAGCAAAUGUGAUGGAACAUGUGGACACUCAUAGUGAACCCUGGGCUAACCUCAGACUUUACAUUAAAAACUAAGAAGAGCUCACACUUGUAAACAUAAGAAAGUGAAACUAUAAGGCUAUAAAAAGAACUAGAAAACCUUUGGAGCAAGGGCUUGGCAGAGUGUUUUUUGUACUUUAUAAAACACCAAAGCAUAACCUAUAAAAGGAAAUUUUGAUUAAGUUAUAUCUCAUUAAAUUUUAAAGGGUUGGCUAUGCAAAGGACUUUCCUAAGAGGACAAAAAACAGGUGAUGGUGACAGAAGAUCUGCAGACAAGUGCUAGUGUUAAGAGUAUACCCAAAUUGGAGCAAAGGUGUGAAGGAAGCAGAUAGUGAUACACUGCUGCGGGGAACAUCAACUAGAACUAGAAAACCACUUGACUCUUUCCUAAAACACUAAAUAAUGCACCUGCCUACCAACCAGAAAUAAGAAACUGGUCCCAGAGAAAUGAAAACUUACCACUCACACGAAGACUUACAUAUGAUGGGGUCAGCAAGACGGUCACUCUUGGAAUCCACUAGAUGUCCUUUAAUCCUUUGAUCUGGUAUCUAGCAAUACAAACUGUGGCAUUAUCUAUACCAUAGAAUAGCACUCAGCAAUAUAAAGGAGCUAAUUACUGACACAAGCAGCUUUGGUGACUCUGUGGAAGAUUAUGCAAGCCAUAGAAGUGUUCAUAUCAUAUAGUUCCAUCCAUGGAACACUCCCAAUGGGGUCUUUAAGAAUGAAGACUUUUCAGAAAGGAGGUCACAGAGUGAGUGAAUCUUACUGUGAGUGGAUAAUGAUGGAUCCUUAUGGUGAUGGAGGUACGCAUACCUUGACCUAAAUCAUUAUUAAAUUGGAAACUGGGUAAGACGAAUACAGGAUCUCUCUGUGUUAUUUCUUAAAACUGCACCUGCAUCUUUAAUUAUCUACAGCACCUACAGCUACCUCAGAGGGAAGUAUUUAAUGGAAAGACUCAAGUAAGACAUGCAUGCAUCUUGCUUGUGAGUCCCUAACUGAGAUGAACUGUUCCAUAUCAAAAUGUAGCAGAGAAGAUGCAGGAUGAACUGUUACCAAAGUGUAGCAGAGAAGAUGCAGGAUGAACUGUUACCAAAGUGUAGCAGAGAGGAGACAAGAUGAACUGUUCCAUAUCAAAAUGUAGCAGAGAGGAGACAUGGCCCUUGUUAAUCACUAAUAUUUGCAGGAGCCUUGUAACUCUUCUUUUAAAAGUUUUCUAAAUGUAUUCAAGUUAAUGCUGAACACAAACGACUAAGAACCUGGCAGGACCUGGAGGACAGCUCAGCCGAGCCUUUGCUUAGCAUGAAACACGGGCGUAACCCCAGCACCAUGAAAAUGAAAAUGGCAUAGAUGUGCCUGCAUGUGCCGUACAAAUUUUCUACAAGACAUUUAGAAGAGAUGAGUUUCUUCAAGUUUCUGGCGUACACAUGUUGAGUAUAUAUAAGCAAUCAAGUCUGAAAAUAAGGUUUUCUCGUUGUAUUCCCAGUAAUCAUCCUCUAAUUUGGGCAGGGGAUAGCCUUCGCUAAUGUAUUUGCUGUGGCUUGCCACAACCAUGAAGCUAACACAUAGAGUGAGAUUCUGCUGCUCCGGGUGCCCACAUACCUUAGUGCAUAUUGACUCUUGGUGACCAUAUUCUUUUAGGAUUGAAAUGUGUUCUGAAGUUGUCCCCAAAAGUCUUGUAUUUCACUGUUAAUAACAUAACUGUCACUAGUGAAGUAUUUCUUGAUGGCAGACUUCUCUAGGAUAACCUACUGAUGUUCAUUCGAUUGUGGUCUCAAGUCACUUAUGGGAAACUUACUUGUGGUUUGUCUGUCUUGAGUAAGGCAUGUGGAACACAAAGUCCAUCUUCACACCAGGUAUGUCUGUUUCAUCAAAGACCAAUUCAUUCCUAGUACAGCUUCUGUGCUUGACUAUGCUAUCCUAACUAUACUGUGUGGUUUUACAUAGUCUUUUUUAUGUACUAUUAUAAAGCAUUGUUAGGUUCUUAAAAAGAGUAGAGGCUACUGCAGUACCUCUGCUGGAAACCUAUCCAACAGAAAGAAAAGACUGUGCAGGCGACUCCAUUUGUACUUCUUCUCUGCUGAGACUGAUCUUGCUGCCUUGCCUAGGCUGGUCCCGAAACCCUAGGCUCAAGCAAUCCGCCAGCAUCACCAGAACUCAAGUGCUUUGCCAUCGAUCAUGGCUGCUGUGACUUUAUGAGGCUCUGCAUUGUGGGAACUUUAUUUGCUGACCUAGAAAUCCUGUUGUAAAUUCCAACCCGACUGUGGCAGGACUGCAAGGGGCCCUGCUCCUGAGGAGAUGCUGUUGACAACUGAGGAGGGAGAAUCAUUCUUCAGGCGUGUGGCUGCUGGCUGCACCCACGGUCUGGCAUAUAUGGGCAGCAUAAAUGGGCUUAGUGGGGUUUUCUUUUAACUAAAAGGCAUAAAAUUGAAAGGUAGACUUGGAAGUAAAAAACCCAGGGGAGCUGAGGGGGAAAUUGGGGUGGUGGGGUAUGAUGAUAUUUCUUUGUAAACGCAUACUAAAUUGUCAAAGAAUAAAAAUAUAUAAAUAAAAAGAAAUGCUGUUGUAGCCACA